AUGCCAAAUAUAACCACAUACAUUUCUAAAUAUGAACCAGGACAAUUUGAUGACGCACCCGAAGAUUACGAUGAUGAUGAAAUACGAAUAAAUAAUGAAUUGAAUAAUGAUGUCAAAGAAAUUAUUAAUGAAGAAUUUGAUGAUGAUGAUGAUUUUGAUGAUUAUUUUGAAGAUGAAUUGAAUGAUAAUGAAGAAUGGGAUAAUGUACGUGGUGAUUUUACUAAACAGUAUAAUCGUCUAAGACGAAAAUUACAAGUAAAUGCGUCUGGCGCAUCUGUUUCAGCUACAGGUCAAAGAACACCUGUCGUUAUUAAUCCUAAAGGAGGUGCAUUUACAGUAGUUCGAGGAGCUUCAACCGAAGCUAGAAACAAAGCUGUUCAAGAUCAAAUGAAAAGUUUGAGCAAAUACAUAAAAAGGAUUCAUCUUGCUCCAGAUGGUCAAUUAUCUGUUUCGGUAACUAAUGAUAUCAAGAUGAGCAACAAAAAGGCACAGGGCGACAAGCAAAAGUAUAGCGAUAAAUCCGAUCGUGCUACGGUGGAACAAGUGCUGGAUCCUCGCACGAGGAUUAUUUUAUUCAAGAUGAUUAAUCGUAAUAUAAUUUAUGAAAUCAAUGGAUGUAUAAGUACUGGGAAAGAGGCAAAUGUAUAUCAUGCAAUUACAGAAGAUGGUGCUCAUAGGGCUAUUAAAGUUUAUAAAACUUCAAUUUUAAUAUUUAAAGAUAGGGAUCGUUAUGUUACAGGAGAAUAUAGAUUUAGACAUGGUUAUAGCAAACAUAAUCCAAGAAAAAUGGUCAAAUUAUGGGCGGAAAAAGAAAUGAGAAAUUUAAAAAGAUUGUGGCAAGCCGAUAUUCCGUGUCCUGAACCUCUUGUAUUAAGGUUACAUGUUUUAGUUAUGAGUUUCCUUGGAGACAAAAAUGGAUGGGCAUACCCCAAAUUAAAGGAUGCUGUAAUCAAUGCUGACAAAUAUCCAGAGUUAUAUUACCAACUUGUAAAGGUUAUGAGAAUAAUGUAUCAUAAAUGUCGUUUGGUUCAUGCUGAUUUAAGUGAAUAUAACAUCUUAUAUCAUUCCCGCACUUUAUACAUUAUUGAUGUAUCCCAAUCGGUAGAACAUAAUCAUCCACACGCUCUUGAAUUUUUAAGAAAAGAUAUUUCAAAUGUUACAGAAUAUUUUAAGAAGAAAGGCGUGAGAACAAUGAGUAUAAGAGAAUUAUUUGAUUUUAUCACUGAUGUUACUAUUGGAUUAGAUAAUGAACAGGUUGAAGCUGAACUUGAUAAGAUUCAAAGAGGAUUAAUUUCUCAACAAGAAACAUCAACAUCAUUAAAUGAUGACCCUGAUAAAAUAUCUAAAGAUUCAGUUGAUGAAGAAGUUUUUAAGAAAUCUUUUAUCCCAAGAACCUUGGAAGAUGUAUUUGAUGUUGAAAGAGAUACUUUGAAAGUUUCUAAAGGCGAAGGCGAUGAUUUGAUUUAUCGUGGACUUUUUAUUGAUGAUAAAAAACCUGAAACAAUAUCAAGUGAGAGUAACGUAGAAAACAUUUCAAAUGUUUCUGAAAGCGAAGAUGAUAGUCAAGAAGAUGAUUCCGAAAACCAAGAAAGUGAAGGAGAACGGAUGCUCAAGAAACAAUCAAGGGGAAAACGGAAUGAAGACAAGGAAGCUAAAAAGGAGCGAAAGAAAGUUGCAAAAGAAGAAGCAAGAGAAAAAAGAAAGAAUAAAAUGCCUAAGGCUGUUAAAAAACGUAAGAUUAAGACCACAUCUGGAAAAAAAUCCAAAUAA